AAACCAAAGCGCGGGCUGUUAUUCAGGUCAUGUCAUCAUCGAAGAGCACAAUCACACCAUUAGCUCAUCCAAUAUAAUGUUUGGCGAACAGCAAACCGACGGAUAUUCGCCUCUAAUGCCAACCAAUUUGCGAGGAGGAGGAGAGAGUCGACAACAACCGCAUCAACACUACUCCAGAAGUGAUUAUAAACUGUCUGGAGAUGAAGACGACGACCGCAGCUCUAAAAGGAUAAUGAGCUCAACCGUUGCCGACCACUCAAUCGGCCCUCAAUUUGGGCGCUUUUGCGGCCAAAUGUCGGUGCGGAGCGCCACGUAUUUCAGUGACCGAAAUAACGUGAGUCUUAUAGUCUUCGUUCCGAGCCGUGCGUCGGUUGUCGUCCAUUCAUUCAGUCUAUACCUGACCUACAAAUUCCUGCCCUCCCGGCCAGCGGUCACCCGCUUUGGACCCCCGAGCGAUCCCUACGAGUUGGGCACUAAAAUUGAUGGCACAUAUUGUGAUCAUGUAUUCACCGACUGUUUGGCCAAUAAAAAGUGCAAGAUCAGA